UGGUGCCGAGGAAAAGGAUGAUAGGCGUAACGGAGACUGAAGAAUUUUCAAUAUUUGACAAAAAAUUUUAUCCAGGCGAUUUUGACGAAAGUUCGAUUCCACAAACGCCCCUCAAUACUCCUUCCGGGACUUUCGAAUUUUCCUUAUUUUCUUCCCUCACUCAUUCUCACUCGCUCCCUUCUUCCCAAGGCGUUCACGGUCAACCAACUCUACUAGAGGGUCCACAAUUUUGGCCUACUUCAAAACCCAUCGAAAAACGUAAUGCACGUUACUCCGCCGGCUCCCUGCGAAACUCCAAAUUUACGAAAAAAAAUUUUUGGAAAAAGGUAUGGAACAAACUAUCCAACUUCCAAGACUCGUCCGCGGCGGAUGGUAGCAAGUUCUUCGUGAUAAUAAAGUCGAAGAGACGUGGCUCGGAUCAAAGUUCAUCCGGUGACGACGAUGUUAUCACGCUUUCUACGGCGGACUCAUUCUUUCAUAAUUCGCCGACUUCCUUAUCCACCGUAGAAAGUUACGAAGAUGAUCGAAAAUCCACAUC